CUGUUUGACAUAGAGCUUCAAAGAGCCGUUAAACAGGUCAGAAAGGGUCCGCAUUUCUCUAGAAGAAGAAACCGAACUCGGCAGGGAGCAGAAGAGGUCGGGCCGAAGACUGGCGGUCGGUUAGACAGAAUCCGGCAGCCUGGGAAAAGCGUAAUGAAACGGCAUUCUCUACUAUUCUCCUCCUACCGGCUUGGCUACUCAGUACCGAGGAGAAUGUUCUUCGGCUUUGCCUGA